AUGGGCGCAGUUAUGUCAUGUAUCCAAGGGAUCGGAGACUGUAUUAUGACAGUGAUCCGAGCCAUCGCUGGAGUUAUCAUGUCGAUCGUUAACGGCAUCGUUGCUGUUCUCUCAGCCAUCGUUCGCUUCCUGACUUGCGGCUACUGCGGACGUGGCGGCGGCGGUGGUACUCGUCGUAGAGGACACACAAGUCAUGUCUAG